AUGGGUGUUCGGUUUUUGGAUAUUGUGAAGCCAUUUUGUGCUAUUUUGCCAGAAAUUGCCCGACCGGAGCGCAAGAUUCAGUUUAGAGAACGUGUUCUAUGGACGGGCAUAACAUUAAUGAUAUUCUUAUUCUGUUGUCAAAUCCCCCUUUUUGGGAUCAUGUCUUCGGAAUCAGCUGACCCCCUCUACUGGCUUCGAGUUAUAUCUGCUUCUAAUAAAGGGACUCUAAUGGAACUUGGGAUUUCUCCAAUUAUUACCUCGGGUCUCAUAAUGCAAGUUCUGGCUGGCAUUCAAGCUCUUCAAGUUGGUGAUGCGCCCAAGGAUAGAGCAUUGUUCAACGGCGCACAAAAACUGUUUGGAAUGGUUAUUACAGUUGGUCAAGCAUCUGUCUACGUGAUGUCUGGUAUCUACGGCCCUCCCAGUGAAUUGGGUGCUGGUAUCUGCCUAUUGAUCAUUCUUCAACUUACAUUUGCAGGUCUUCUUGUCCUGAUGUUAGAUGAACUACUUCAAAAAGGAUACGGUCUGGGUUCUGGCAUUUCACUUUUCAUCGCUACUAAUAUUUGUGAAACGAUUAUUUGGAAAGCAUUCAGUCCUAUUACCAUAAAUACCGGUCGAGGAACUGAAUUCGAGGGAGCCGUAAUUUCACUUUUCCAACUGUUGGCCACAAGAACCGACAAAGUUCGUGCCCUUCGAGAGGCUUUCUAUCGACAAAACUUACCUAACCUAAUGAAUCUCAUGGCCACUGUCCUAGUUUUCGCCGUGGUUAUAUACUUCCAGAGUUUUCGUGUGGAAAUUGCGGUGAAGUCCAUCCGUUAUCGCGGACAGUCAACCUCCUACCCCAUCAAGUUAUUUUACACAAGCAACGCUCCUAUUAUGCUUCAAAGCGCUCUUGUGUCUAACCUCUACGUCAUCUCCCAAAUGCUUUCAAGUAAAUUCCGAGGGAACUUUUUGAUCAACCUGCUCGGUGUGUGGUCUGAUGGUGAAGGUGGGACUCGUUCCGCCCCCAUUGGAGGUUUGUGCUACUAUAUGACGCCACCGGACUCGUUAUCACAAAUGCUACUGGAUCCCAUCCACGGCAUAAUCUACAUUGCCUUCAUGUUAGGAAGUUGUGCCUUUUUCAGCAAAAUCUGGAUCGAUGUGUCCAAUUCUAGCGCCAAAGAUGUUGCGAAACAACUGAAAGAGCAACAGACGGUUAUUCCUGGCCACCGUGAAGAGUCCAUGGUUCACGAACUCAAUCGGCAUAUUCCUAUAGCUGCUGCUCUCGGUGGUCUUUGGAUCGGAGCUCUUUCCGUCUGUGCUGACUUCUUGGGUGCUAUCGGCAGUGGAACAGGCAUCCUAAUGGCAGUGACCACAAUCUACCAAUACUAUGAAGUCUUUGUCAGAGAGCAGAACGAGAUGGGUGGCUCUAUGAGCACAUUGCUCUUCUAG